GCUAAUAAGAGAUUUACUAGAGAGGAAGUGUUAGAGCAGAUUUUUUGUGAGGAAGAUGAUGAGAUGGAGGAGAAAGAAGUUAGUGUAGAUAGCCAGGGAGAAAGUUUAGAUCAAUGGAUUAAUUCUUUCAGUGGUGAAGGUAUUGAUGUACCAUUUUUUCGCGAAAAUGCAAGGCAAGUUAUGUCUCCUAUCAUUCGCCACUCGCUUUUGACUGCAGAAAUUGGAAAUGAAGAUCUUAUAUCUAGAGCUUGCCGUCGCUUAUGUACUCGUGUUCUUUCCGCUGGUUCUGUACUAGGGAACGAGAGCAAGAUAUGGCUCGGUGGUAUUCACAAGAGAUUGUCAGGAAGAGUGUCUGUUCGGCGGCCGUACUAUGCUGAAAUAUCCCGCUUCAUUCCUUACGAUGUGUUUGUUAGCUGUCGUCAUGUUAUGACUGACUUGAGGGCUGUCCAACCUGAUUGCUAUAUUUCUUCUAACCGUAAGUGUGAAGUCAUCUCUGUUACCUCUCGACAUUUAUUGCACGAAUUUCUUUCAUGUCUUUCUGCAAUAAAUGUAAGAGAGGUAAAGAAAUACUUCACUAGAAAGCUUACAUCGGGAUCAAGACACAACCACAAAGUGGAAGUUCUUGUCACCAAAGAAAAAGAUUUUGCCUUCAUGUACAAAAAAAACAUUGGCCAACUUGUUCUGCAAUUUCACUAUGGGGAGUGGAAUUCAAAUGGAUUCCCCCAGCACCGAUGUAAASAUAAGUUGAUGAAGUAUACAAGUGCGGAUUAAAUACAAACACUACUACUCCUGUGUUUUCUUGUGGCCAGCGGCAUGAUAAUUAUGUUGCUCUUGUACCACUGUUGGUUUGUUUUGCCUUAUACUGUAUUUAGCACAGCUAAAUUAUUUAACUCACUCAUGUGCUAAAAGAUAAAGGAGUUUUGGUGCACGGRAAAUUUAUAACAGUUCACAGGAGUACCAUGAUAGUCAUUAAACCGUAUAACAUUUWAAUAAAUCAAGUAAUACACUGUUGCAAUAAACCUUUAUUAUGUAAUUAUUGCUUAUACAUGUAUGGACUAAAUCAAGAAGUACAGUGUACCAUGCAGUCUGUAAAUGUGGAAAUAAAAAGDACAGYUUGUGAAGAUGCAAACAUUUUGAAAGCAAGAAUUGUUUAUCACUCAAUAUAGUGUUCAAAAUAAAGUAAUAUUCUACAAUGAUAUGUUUGCAAGCACUCAAUCCCCAUAAUAUUUCUGCCUUAAGCCAAGGUUUUCAAUAGAAGUGGCUCCUAWCUCAAUUUC